AAAAGGGUGUAUUUUGGUCAUGCACCACCCGAUCUUUUGCUAGCGGGAAUGACGUCGAGCUCUUAUCGAUUUCUCAAUUUCAACCCCUAAUUGUGACCACCUCACCUUCUCGAAACCUCAACAUCACACAACCCACCACUCACCACAACCGCAGCAACUUACUUGCAUGCCAACGCAAUGAUAAUACCAAUCAAUUCGAUGCGCUCAACUGUACUCCGCGCCCUCCAGCGCUCAAGCGCGUUCCCUCUCACCACCCCGCGCCUCGUCUCACGCUCAACCUCAUUCUCACCCUCAUCCCAUAUCACAACCACCACCACCAUCAACAAUGCCACAAGACGCUUCACCACCACCCCCCUCCUCUCCGCCAAACAAAAGAAACAAAAACUAGCCCACAACAACGAACCCAUCCCCGACUCCCCUCCCACCACCGACUUCGGCGAGAUGGACAUGCUAGGCCAGACACCCAUCCCCUCUACGGCCAUAGACGAGUGUUUUCAUGAUGGGUUUGCGCUGAAUAGCGGGGUGCAAGUUACGGGGGGCAGUGGUGUACUGUUGGUGGGUGGUGAGGUCUUUGAGUGGAGGCCUUGGUUGCUUCCUGUCGAGGGGGAGGGGAAUAAGGGGAUGGGGGAGAAGGGGGUGGUGGGAAAGGAAAAGGGAAGGGAACAGAGGAGGAAGUUGGUGAAUGAAAAGGGACAAUGGGAUGUGCCGCACGAAGAGCAGUGGGGGUUUUUGGGGAGGUUGUGGCCUCGGCCUGACCUCCUAAUCCUAGGUGUCGGCCCCUCCCUCCGUCCCCUCUCGCCCGCUACCAGAGCCCUGAUCAACGGCAUGGGCAUCCGCGUUGAGGUCCUGGACACGAGAAAUGCUGCGUCGCAGUAUAACUUGCUGGCGACGGAGAGGGGAGUGGAUCAGGUUGCUGCUGCGUUGGUGCCGCUUGGUUGGAGGGAGUAGCGAGGAGGUGUGAAGCGUGGGGAGUGAGGGAAACGUGGGUGGUUGAGGGGUGCUUGAUGGGUG